UAGCAGCCAAGUGCUUAACCACUGCACCACGAGGGCUCCUUGAUAUUGUAUUAGGUGUUUUCAAUAUGUUGUCUAAUUUAAUCCUGAACUUUGGUUACCCUCACUUUACAUGUAAGGAGCUAAGUGACAUGCUCAAGGUCACACAGCUAGCAAGUGAUGGAGCUGGAACACAAACCUAGGCAGCCUGGCUCAAGAUCCAUGAAAAUGUGAUGUUUUGAAUCGUGGAUUUUCAGGUUACAAUACCAGAUGGGCCAAAAUUAUUCUUCCAAGAUUAAUCAGGAAAGGUAACAGUUUGGACAGCCCUGUAGCAGUUACAAUUUUCUUUGGUAGCAAUGACAGUGCUUUAAAAGAUGAGAAUCCUAAGCAGCACAUUCCACUGGAGGAGUAUAUUGCGAAUUUAAAGAGCAUGGUGCAGUACCUGAAGUCUGUGGACAUCCCUGAGAAUAGAGUUAUUCUCAUCACGCCACCCCCUCUUUGUGAAACAGCUUGGGAAAAGGAGUGCAUCAUACAAGGUUGCAAAUUAAAUCGCCUGAACUUGGUUGUUGGUGAAUAUGCCAGUGCCUGCUUAAAAGUAGCCCAAGACUGUGGGACUGAUGUACUUGACCUGUGGACCCUGAUGCAGAAGGACAAUCAGGAUUUCUCAUCUUAUUUAUCAGAUGGACUACAUUUAUCACCAAAGGGAAAUGAAUUUCUGUUCUCACACCUUUGGCCUUUGUUAGAGAAGAAGACCUCUUCCCUGCCUUUGCUUCUUCCUUACUGGCGGGAUGUAGCAGAAGCAUAACCUGAACUCAGUCUUUUGGGAGAUGGGGACCAUUAAGUGAAUCACAGAAAACUCAAGUUGGGUUGCUAAUUUACAGAAAUGUGAAGUUGCCAGUGUACAGACUUUCCAAGAAGAGCAAUCAAAUUCAAAAAUACUUUUCUCAAGCUUAAACUUUGGCUUAUGACCCUAGACCAAAAAAACACAUUUGCCACCAAUAUUAAUAAUUAAUAAAAGCACUAGGAUUUUUCAGGGAAGCUUUGUACUUGGGUGCAUUGUGUUUCGAUAUUAUUAAAUAUUUACUGAUUGAUGCAGGUACCAUCAGUGCCACCGCUACAAAAUACACCUGAGCAGCUGCUUAAUGCUGUAAAUGGCAAAAAAAAUAAGACAGUUUUUUGAAAAGAUAAUUUUAUAAAAAAUGGGUUUCUUACAUUCUGUUGGGAACUGUUGCGCUUUCAUACAUACACCCACACACCCCACUCACCUUAUAUCAAAUUGCAAAAGUAACUAAAAUAUAAGAAUAUUGUGAAUAGUUAAAAGAUAGCAAAUACCAUAAGGUACAAGUUCAAGUAUUAGUGUAACAAAUAUCCACAUAACAAACAUCCUUAGGAAAAAGACAUGAUUUGUCACAGGUUUGGUUAGUUGCCCUCAAAGUUUACUGGUUACUCAGUUAGAAUGUAUUGGCUGCUGAGCACAUUUCAGUACUUAACUAUAAUUUUAUGGAAAUCAAAAUUCAAUGUGGUGAUCCUUCACACAGUAAAUGCAGACCAUCCAGAAUCCUGAAGCACUACAAGAAGUAAUGCAAAUAUCCAUUUAAGGGUCAGUAAAAAGGGUAUGUAAAGUAUCAGCUGCUAUAGGAUAAGCCCCAGCCUCACAGGAGGGCAGCAUCCCUGACUGGAACAGCACACCUUGUCCACCCAAGACCACCUGUGUUCUUUUGGUAAGAAAUACUUCACUCCAUCUCAUCCACUACUGUUUGGAAAUAAGCAACCAUACUCUUUAAGUAGCUGGUGAAUUUUUUUAAGAGCAUGGCCAUAAUACUAGGGAUGCAUUAAGAUACUUACAAAACACAGAAAAAAAUGCCCAGCAAAUUGGAGCCCUAAGCAGUUGGCAGGAUUCUGGAAAUGCAAUCAGCUAUUAUUAUUUGUAACCCUCACUAUAAGCUAGAUUGUUUUAAUUCUAAAAGAUACUAACAGAAUUAUGAAAAGACAUAUUAACCCAAAUUAUUUCUAAAUUUAGAUGUGUAAUUCUCCCUGCUGCUAAAAGCUCUGGGUAAAACCUAGAAAUAGAAUGCAUAUUUUGGAGAUAGUUUAUUAACUAGUUUUAUCUCAAAGAUUCUUUGUCUUUACUUGAAGGCAAAAAAUAAAUAGGUUUAUUCUGUGUUCCAGUUGUUUUCACAAAUAACUGCUAAAUACCUCAUUCAGCGGAUCAUUACAGUGUAUAAAAAAAAAAAAAAAA